GCUGACGAGUUGAUUUUAACAAAUGGAGCUCUAUAAGUACUGUGAAGAAUUAAGAUAGCAAUCACGACCACAGAAACGCAUUCACGCAUACAAAUUCGUUAUUCGUUAAUAUUUCAUGGCAUGUAACUUUUAUUAAAUUUAUAUAGCCUGAAGAUUCAUUUAAAUUCCUAGUACUCACUAAAACGUCCGCCAUAAUGUAUUAUACAUCCUUUCUGCUAUUUACUGUUGUUUCAAAUUUUAGACGUCUAUCAGAAAUAUAGAUAUCAAUUAUUAUUAUAUAAACAUAUAUAUAUAAAACAAUAUUAUGAAUAUGAAAUUGAAUUCAAACGUAUUUUAAAUGUAAUAAUUUAAAAAGAAUUUAAGCUAAAAUUUCAAAUGACAAUCCAGUAUAUAGCAAUUCUCUGUUACUUGCCACUUUGCUACAGAUAGAUAAAGCCAACACCACAACCAAGAGAAAUCUCAUAACAUAAUUAAGCAUAAUGUUUCUCGGAUUUUCCUUCUCCACUACUAAAUUUAAAAUAGAGUUUCAUUAUUAAAUAUAUUUCGCAUAUUCAUACUAUAUUACAAAACAUUUGAAACACAGAAAAGACGAAAUUAAAUAUUUGAUAAAAAAAUAUUCAUUCUACAAGAACCUAAGUAUUUUAUCCUUGGUAAAAGAUUAGAAAAAUAAGCUUAUAUGUAACCAAAGAUCACUACGUAAGGUUAAAAAUUACAACUUCCGUGACUAUUACAAUCUCCUUUUUAACUGAUGAUCUUACUUGGCAAUAUUGUUCAAAUGUUUGCGUAUUAUAGUGGUUUUCAUCCAGUGUCCUACGUGUCCAAGAAGUUUCUUAGCGUUAAAAUGAUCGGUAAACGUUUAUUCACUUUCUACUUCAAGCAGACCGUAGGAUUCAAUUAACUAGCUUUUAAAAAAGAUUUUGGAAUUAUUAAGCGAAAGGGCUAAAAUAAAUAACUUUAGUCAAUCACUGAUUUCAAUCGAUUAAAGUAAGAGUAUUUAUCGAUGAAACUUUCUCAUAUUUUAUUUUAUAGGUUUAUGGUCUCAUGUUACUAAAUUAUUAGUAAAAUGGCAAUAUAAAACAAGAUUUGUUUAUAAUGCAAAUGUAAAUCUAAAGCAUUUCAAAGUGAUAAACUAUAAAAGAAUAACUCACAAUCAUUAAAGCUUACCUCAUGCGUUUAAAUUUUGAUCUCCUUGAACUGGUACGUCGUAUGUACAUAAUGUGUAAAUACAUAUACAUAUAUAUGUAAGGCACAUGCGUACAAGGUAAAGCAAAGCAUUCAAGUCAAACUAGUCGUUCGAAGAUAUAUCGAAACCGAUUUCGCAUUACAAGAAAAAAUUAAGCAUAAUUUUUAAUUCAGUGGGUCUCUGAAAUUUUUUAAUAUUUUAGAAAAUUCUAACUUUCUUCUCAUUUCUUAAUGUAUAUUCUUCAAGAAUAAAAUCUUAAUUUUUCUAUUAUCAUUUAUAUUAUAUGAUAUGAUUUAUUCAUUAAUGUAAAUAAUUUUUUUUCAAAUCUAGAUUCUCCGCAUUUCUACAUAUCAAAAGCUAUGGAUAUAAUCUAAUUCCUUUAUCUUUAAUAAAUCUAUAUUCUCCGUUAGCAGUAUAUACACUUAAAGGAAGUGCAACACAUGCAGUUAAAAUUUGGGCCAGCCUGAUCGUCGUCGAAAAGCGAAGCUCUAUAAAAAGAACGCGCAUUCAGAUGAAAAAAGACGAAUGACCGGAAAGAAGGUAAAAAGGAAAGAUAAAAAACGGCCCAGAGAAAAGCACGAGCUCGACAUUCGUUGAAAAAGGAGGGACACGGAGGUACAAGGAGAAAGUGAGAAAAAGUAUAGGAAGGGUUGGAAGGAGGGAGCACAGGUGCGGCUGCUACGUCCGGACCGCCUCUAAGUGUAAUGUUGUCCGUCGCGCAGUGAGGUGAAGUCCUCUUUUCCAUUUUGUUCCAGCCUGCCAUGAUAUUUCGAGCAUCCAGUGACUCGUUUCGGUGUCGUGUUCCUUCAACAGGUUGUCUCUCCACAUUGCUGGCCAACGGAACUUCCCCCUACUUCAAUCCAGUUUAAAUUGUUAAUACAGUUACAGUUUAUAUUCUUUCACUGAAAAAUUUGUUAAUGUUAACGUAACUUUGAAAGUUUGUUGAAACCAUUAAGGUGAAAUUCAAGUUUGAAAAGGGAACCAGGGAAAGAUGAAAACAAAGAGAUUCCUUUAGUGAUUUCUGAAACGAAUUCACCGGUGAACUUGGGUGAAUCACGAUCUCAUCCCUCCUCCUCCUCCACCUCUUUCUCAUCUUUCUCUACCUCCUGUUGCUUCGAGCGAUAUCAAAAUAUUGAGACAUUAAAUGAAAUGGACUACAGUUAUAGUGUUUGAAAAGAAUAAUAGAUGAAAAAGAUAUAAUGUCUUUAGUUUAACAAUUUUUAUUGUAUUGACAAAUGAACCUAUACAUGCAUAAUGAAGAAAUUUUAUGCAAUAUUUUUUUUAAUAUGCACAUCCACCGCUGACUUUUCCAAUGUUUGCGACCCUAAUUGGCAUUCGUUGGAAACGUUAGAAACCGCCAAAGUGGAGUGUGGACCAUCUUUUGAAAAUCGUUGCUAUUGCAUGAGGACAUGCUACGAGAAUCACCAUCAGUAUGUCGUUAAUUGUACUGAAUCAGGAUUUCAUAACGCGGCGCCGUUAUCGCACUUGCCGAACGAUACACAGGUACUUAUUUUUACCGGGAACAAUCUCGGAGAGCUUCCAUGGAACGUAUUCGGCACUCUAGAUAGUUUGCCUCACUUAAGAGUGAUAGAUAUGUCUAACAAUAAAAUAAGAGAAAUUCGAGGGAAGGCAUACCAUCACGUCCAACACGUCGAACGACUUAUUUUAGAUUUCAACGAAUUAUCGUUGGAUCCUGCAAGAAGUCAUCCCAGGGUAUUCUCUAAUUUCGUCUCCCUCUUGGAACUCCAUUUAACUGACGCCUUCGAGGAUGGUCCACCGAGAGAUCUUGCAGCGACACUACAUGAUAUUUUUGUCAAUAGUAAUUUAACGCAACUGAUAAAACUCCAUUUGGAACAAAAUGAAAUAUCAGAAUUUCGGGACAGUAAUGUAUUCUGCGAUCUCCCGAAUCUUUUGGACCUUUAUCUCGGCGAUAAUGCACUUACCGCUUUGCAUUUUAAUAUAUCCUGUCUCCACAAAUUACGUUUCUUGGAUCUUCAACGAAAUAAGUUCACAAAAGUGGUCGAUCAUGAUCUGCACGCUAUGGACACUCUUAUCAAGCAUAAUCAAAGCAUAGCUGUAGAUUUCACUGGAAAUCCAUUUGUGUGUUCGUGCAAAUUAAAUCCCUUUAUAAAGUGGAUGAGGAAGACGAAAGUGUUUGUUCGUAAUAAAGACAAUUUGAAAUGUUUUGAAGGUGAAAUACAUCAUGAAAUACAUGAAACAAAGAACUGUACGCCGAAAUUGUUCUCAUCAACUCCACGCGGUGCAACUGUUCUGCUCUUUUUCCUCUGUAUAGUGUUAAUAGGACUGGUGUGCGCCUUAAUUUAUGUACAACGCACGAAAUUACAAAAGAAAAUUGAGCCUAUAUUAGAUUCGGUGAACAAGAGGGUACGAUACACCUCUAUAGCAACCGGUGAUACUCGAGAAGAUUUAUGAAUGAAAUGAAAACGUUCUUCGAUUAAGAAUUAACAAAGAAGAGAUUUAACGCUAAAAUAGUCAAUCAUUUUUAAACUCCCGAGAAGUUUCAUUCUUUUUUAUUAUAUAACACACAAAUACAUAAUUUCUUUUUUGUCAUAAGUAAUUUAAAAUAUAAUAAGGUAUGUUUAAUAAUAUAAUGAGGCAUUAAUAUUUAUAAUGCAAUAUGUGGUGAUUAAUUUAGAAGUAAAGAAAAAGGAUAGAACCAUCACUGAAUAUUCUUACAAGCUAUUUUUUACGACAUUAACAUGCUGAAUUUAUUGACUUAAUAAUUAUAAACGAAGAACAUGUAAUUUUGAUAUUGUUAUUGUCUCGAGUAUGUCUAGUAUCGAAUAAAUGUUAUAUAUAUUUAUA